UUUGACAGCAAUUCUGUCGUUUUCGCGCCUCCUGUACGGCAUUUUUCAUCCUUCGCGGACAAAAAGUUUUCACACCACAGCAAAGUGCAAAUUUGCUUGGCCAAAUUGUAAAUUUUCGACGAAAAUCUAUAAAUCUGAACUAGAAAACUCUGUCAGCAGAAAGCAAGUUAAGUUUCCACAUAUUUUGCCAGUAGAAUUCUUGCGAAGUGAAACAACAAUGGCAAAAUUUGCAAAGCCGGCGGGAGGGCAAAAAUCUUUGGAAAAUGUUAACGAAGAAGCGGUUGUCUCGUCGUCUAGUGGUUUCUUGAGUGGCGAGGAAGAUGCUGUUGUUUCUCUCAAAGGAAAAGGACGUGGCCGUAAGGCCAAAAGGGAAGUGGUCAAAGAAGUGGAGGUCUUGCCGGCAACGGGAAAGUCAGUCAAGGUGGCAAAAGCUGGUGGUACGGGCCGAGGGCGAAAAAAAGUCGUAGCUGCAGAAGAGAAAGAACAAGCUACAACUUCAAAUUCCGUAGAAGAAGCUGUAAUAGAGAAAAAAUCGGCAGCACCCAAACGUCGCGGAAGGAAAGCGGCUGAAUCCGCUACGGUUGAUAGCGAACCGGUGGCAGCGGAGAAUUUGGAUGCGGAAAGUGAGGUAGCAAAAGCACCAGCAAAGCGUGGGCGCAAAGCAGCAGCUACGAAGGUUGAACCAGCCGCAAGUGAAAGUAAUGGUGUUGAUAGUGCUCCGCCGGCGACGGUUAACAAGGGACGAGGCCGGGGUAAAAAAGUUGCAGCUACAGCCGCCACAGCUAUUAAAGAGACUACUGCAAUACAAUCGCUUACGGAGGAGCCUACCACUCUGCGAAAGCAAAAUAAAUCUACGAAAGAAAUUGCAGUAGCUGAGGAUCAACAAAACGGCGAAGUUCCAAAAGAGGCCGUAAAAGACACAAAAAAGAAAAUAACUAAGGAAUCGAAGGUGAAAGUAGAGCAAACUGACGCAAGUGAUAGUAAAGCGCCAGGUUUGGACGAAAAUAAACCAAGGUCUAGGGGUAGAGCUGUAAAAGAAGAACAUGAGCAGGAUCAACCUAGCGAGAUACUAGAAAAAUCUUUGGAAAAGCCGGUUAAAAAAGCUGCAAGUAAGCGCAAAGGCAAUAAAAAAGAGUCAGUAAUAGAAAACUUAGCUCAGGCUAAUGAACUUGAAUUGGAUGUAAAAGCUGAGGAAGAAGUAAAUCCAAGUCCCAAAAAAAAGUCUAAAAAGGAACCUAAAGAAAAUAAAACAAAGGCAACCAAAAUUAGGGCAAGAGCAGAUAAAACACCCGAAAAGGAGGCCGGGGAACAAUUGGAGAAUAAUAUAAAAGAAACAAGCAAGAAACCACAGGGGCGCAAGCGAGGUGCCACAAAAACUGAUAUUUCCGAUGGUGUUGAAGAGGUCGAUGGAUCCAAACCGGCAAAAGCAAAGAAAACCGAAGGUGCUCUCAUCAAUUCCACCGUCACAAAAUAUAAUUCCGAAGACUUUAAACUACCCCAAGGUGAAGAGGGCGCAGAGCGAUUUAAUUUAAAAAUCUCAAGCUGGAAUGUUGCGGGCUUGCGUUCUUGGUUGAAGAAAGACGGCUUAGCUUUCUUGGAUUACGAAUUACCAGAUAUUUUUUGCUUACAGGAAAUCAAAUGCACUACCGAUCAACUGCCGGAGGAAGUUGCACGCAUACCUGGUUAUCACCCCUAUUGGCUCUGCAUGCCCGGUGGCUAUGCAGGUGUUGCUAUAUACUCGAAGAUAAUGCCGAUUAACGUUGAAUAUGGCAUUGGAAACACAGAGUUUGAUGCAGUUGGCCGCAUAAUUACAGCUGAAUAUGAGAAGUUCUUCUUAAUCAAUGUAUAUGUACCGAAUUCGGGACGAAAGUUAGUUAAUUUGGAGGCACGCAUGCGCUGGGAAAAACUAUUCCAAGAGUAUAUUAAACGUUUGGAUAUCAUAAAGCCAGUCGUCAUAUGUGGCGAUAUGAACGUGUCGCAUCAGGCAAUUGACCUGGCAAACCCUAAAACUAAUACUCGUAAUGCCGGGUUCACGCAGGAGGAACGCGACAAAAUGACUGAAUUGUUAGCUCUCGGCUUCGUCGAUACAUUUAGGCACUUAUAUCCAGAUCGCACAGCUGCUUACACAUAUUGGACUUACAUGGCAAACGCACGGUCACGCAACGUUGGAUGGCGUUUGGAUUACUUUAUCGUGUCUGAACGUUUCACUAAACGAGUAGUGGAGAACUGUAUGCGCUCACAGGUGAUGGGCAGUGACCAUUGCCCAAUUACAUUAUUUUUGAAAAUGUAGAGGAGUUGGUAUAGAAAUCGACGAGCCUCUUUGCAUUCUUUAUAAUCGUUAAUGUUUCGGAUCCAUUUUUCUAUAUAUUUUAUUUCUAAUUUUCUUUGUUAUUAUCAUAUUUAACGCAUAACCAGUGCAUAUCCAUGUCACGAAACUCAUUCCAUAAAUGGCUUUCAAGUUAAUGUAUUUAAGUAUCGUAACUUGUAAUGCUGUAAUUGUAGACUUUUCUGUACUAAAUUAUAAAAAUAACUUUCUAUGUGUAUACGAUUAGACCACUCAAUUAUUUUAAAUCCUGAUAAAUAAAACUAUUCAUAAAUAAGAUAUGUAUGUGUAAACUAGUGCUUACAAUUAUUACACCGCCAUAGUAAAGUGGUAAAGACUUCGACUCUGUCACUUCACGCUGCAUAUUAGAAGGCAUCAAAAGCACCGUCUUUACAACAGGAACUCAAAAGGUGGAUUGCGAAUUAUUUGAGUGGUCGACGGCCGUCAGUACCUUCUCGAAAUAAAACGUCAGGAUCAAGAAGGGUUAAACGGGAGUACCAUAGGGUGAGACCCUGAAUUUCCUCAUUGAGGUCGCAGAGGCAGAGUUUCAGCUUUCUCGUAUUACUCGGUCAGAAACAUUACGGUUUGGAUAUUCUAAACGCGUAAAUUCCUACUUAUCCAGACUCCCUAACGUACCAAAUGUGUGUUCUGCAUUUGAAAGUUCCCCGCAUGGCACUUCCCUAAGCCUACCCAAUCAACGCCUUUCCACUACAUUUGCUCCGUCCCUGUCGAAAUACCAAGUUUGCUGGGAGUACCGUUUGUUGAGCUUGAAGAAAACGAUCCCACGACAGUCGGCUCUACGUAACAGGAACAAGCCAGAUUCAUAUCUGGCCAGGACUCUAGCAUCCUUCCCCACAAAAAUUGAAAUAUUAGCUGAUUUAGGCAGGGCUAAGGAGCGUUGACAACAACAUUGAAUCACUUACCUAAAUAUAUACAUUAAAAGACAAAUAAAACAAAUCAAUUUUUCAAA